GCAGUUCUAGAGCAGGGAUCACAUUUGUCAGGAAGCCUCAAGCAAAGCUCGUCCUUGUCCUCCAUGAGUUCGUAUUUCUUGGAAACUUUGGUCUGGCUCUUCCGUUCUCUCCCAGGGGUAGACUAUGUUGUGUCAGCCCCACAGGAAGAGCCAGGGAAUUCGGAGGAUCGUGUGGCACCAGGACACCAAAAAUAUGGUCGUUCCUCUUGCCUGUCUACAAUCCCAGUGGUGGAGGAAGAAGAUUAUGAACAGAUCCUCCAGGAGAAUUCCCCAGGGCCGCCACCCCAGGACACCAUCCAAAAACCAUCAGGAGCUCUAGGUCUGAAGAAGAAAGAACUCAUCCCAAGGAGACUGAGGCUCCUUCUGGUGGGGAAAACCGGAAGUGGGAAAAGUGCAACCGGAAAUAGCAUCCUGGGCAGCAAAGUGUUUGAAUCUAGACUCAGUGCUAGACCAGUGACCGUGACCUGCCAACGAGAGAGCCGAGCGUGGUCUGAGAAGGAACUCGAGGUGAUUGACACCCCAGACAUUUUGUCCCCUCGGGUGUGGCCAGAAGUAGCAGCUGGGGUCUGUGAAGCCAUCGCCCUCACCUCGCCAGGCCCUCACGCGGUGCUCUUGGUGAGCCAGAUGGGCCGGUUCACCAGAGAGGACCAGGAGGUCGUCAGGCGUCUGCAAGAGAUCUUUGGACUGGGGAUCCUGGCUUACACCAUCCUGGUUUUCACCCGGAUAGAAGAUCUGGCUGGGGGGUCCCUGGAAGAAUAUGUGCAGAAGACCAAUAACCAGUUCCUUGCCAAGCUGGAUGUGAUCUGUGAGCGACGCCAUUGUGGCUUCAACAACAAAGCAGAGGGAGCAGAGCAGGAGGCCCAGCGGCAGGAGCUCAUGCGGAAAAUUGAAGGGAUCCUGUGGGAAAAUGAGGGCCAUUGUUACACCAACUUGGUUUACCAAUUCGCCCAGCGUAGCUUUCCACCCCCAGAAGUGCAGGAAAGACAGGCAACCCCGGGUCAAAGGUCAAAAGAGAUGCUGGAAGAGCUUUCCCAAGUCCAGCAGGAGUCUGAGAAGAUUCACAGGAACCUGCUGCGAAGGGCGUCCGUCUGAAAGGACGCUAGACAUGCGCAGGAGAGUCCUUCCAUGGCUGCGCCCCUAGGCUCAGCCCCUUGCUUUCUCUGUCUGCACAGAGCACUGCCAAGUUCCCAGUCGAGAGUGGUUGGGGGUGGAGGGAGGGGUGCUGGGUCCAGAGUACUCAGCUCACCUCAGAGGUCCGUAUGACUUCUUUUAUGCCUCCUUUUUUCUGUUGGCCUCACAUGGGCCCUCCUAUCUCAAUGACCUUGCAUUUCUUUAGUAUAAGUCUGAGUCCUGAUAGAGCCAAAGAUUCUUGAGGACAGAACUGUCGCCUGCACUCAGAUGUGGAACUCCUCCCACUUCUCCCUGGCCACCAGAGCCCAUCUAUGUUCAUGUACCUCAGCAGGAGCCAUUGGCCAAAUGCCUGUGUAUCUCUUGGGCUUCGUUCUGACCUGUAAGAGGAGUAGGAGUGAUUGCUGGUAAGGUGCCCACACUGUGGUGGGCACAACAUAGUAGUCAGACAGAGAGGGGGAGGCCAAGAGCCCCCUCCCUAGGGUGAGCUAUUUUAAUAGGCAAUGUACUCUAAGAUCGCUGUGUUGUAAUGACCUUCCUUCUCAGCUCAUGGUGCGUGCUCUGGCAGCCUGUGUGUAUGCAUGCAGAAUCCCUGAGUGGGACCUGUGUUUGACCAUCCUGGUAUGGUGGCUUCUGGGCUCUCGGUGAACCAAGAACAGAUGGAUGCAGUGCAAAUGAGCAAUGGGCAUGUUGAGUAAAAAUCUUGGUGCAAAGAUGGCUAGGAGUGGGGUGGACCCAUUGCAAAUAUGAGAUGUACAAGGCGUUAUGUCGAAAAACGAACUUUAC